AUGGGACAGAAGAGGCCAGGGAGGCAGGAGGACGGAUCCUGUGCUGCACUAUGGAGCUGGCCUGCCGCUGACUGCCGAGAUCGAGCCCUCACCAUGGGCAACACGCAGGAGAGGCCAUCACAGACGAUCGACCGCGAGCGGAAACGCCUGGUAGAGACGCUGCAGUCGGACUCGGGGCUGCUGCUGGAUGCGCUGCUGGCACGGGGCGUGCUCACCGGGCCCGAAUACGAGGCGUUGGACGCGCUGCCUGAUGCCGAGCGCAGGGUACGCCGCCUGCUGCUGCUGGUGCAAAGCAAGGGCGAAGCCGCCUGCCAGGAGCUGCUGAGCUGCGCCCAGCGAACCGUGCGCGCGCCCGACCCCGCCUGGGACUGGCAGCACGUGGGCACGGGCUACCGAGAACGAAGCUACGACCCUCCAUGCCCAGGCCACUGGACUCCUGAGGAAGCUGGCUCAGGGACCGCAUGCCCCUGGCUGCCCAGAGCUUCAGAUUGCGAUGAGGCCCGGGGUCCUGAGGACUCCGAGGCAGCGCAAUCCGGAACCCUCGAGGAAACUGAGCCAGAGCUGGAAGCUGAGACCUCUGAAGGGGCUGAGCCGGAGUUGGAACCCCAAAUGGAUCCGGAACCAGAGCCAGGGACAGAACCAGAGCCAGAACUGGAGCCGGAGCCCGACCUAGGGGCUGGGGACGAAUCUGAAGAUUCCUGAAAGCCUUAACGCUGACAGGCCGCUCCUCGCCCUAGCAGGAUGGGAUCUAGGAUCCUGCCCUGCUGGGGUCAGAUGCCACGAAGGCUCCAUCUGGCCCAGUACCACUGAAAGUGAAUAAACUCUGGAGGGUCA